AUGGCUUGGCACAAGUGUGGUGCAUGUGGAAAGCGCUUUGCUUUCCUCAAGAGCUUGGAGGAACACCAGCGCACACACUCCACAGGAAGCCCUCCUACUGAGGCCUUUGAGUGUGAGCUGUGUGCACUUAAGUUCAGCGUGCUUUCUGAAUAUCGAUCCCACACCAGCCAGCACCACUGUGGCCAAACAUCACCGGACGGCUGCACAGCUGGGGAUCGAUCGUAUGCACUUGAUGAGGACGAUACUGAUGGCCAAUACUCAGAAACACCACUGAAAGGUUUUGAAUGCCAGGGAUGCACCAAGAAGUUUGCCACCGCAUUUUCACGUGAGCGGCACUAUCAGCGCAAGCAUGCCACCACACCAUGUUCCCAGGAGCGACGUCGCUACCACAUCAAAGACUACAAGGUUGGCCGUAGCCUUGUCAUUGCAAGAACAGUACGGUAG